GUAGAGACAUAUAUCUUGACAUGUCGGGUUGGUUCACUCUAUUUACAAACUGCCGCUACGUCCUUGAUGGCGAGCUCGUUGAAGACCACCUCGUCAUCUCGGAUGAAACGGGGUUUAUCUUGAGAAGAGAGGGGUAUAUUGGAGGCGAAGCCGUUGACCUUGAUGAUAAUAUCAUUGCCCCCGGUUUCUUAGAGCUUCAGACUAAUGGAGUUAAUGGGUUCCACUUCACACAUUUUGAAGAUGAGAAGAGCUAUGCAAAGAAGAUUGAUGGUGUUGCUCGACAUUAUGCUACUCAGGGUGUAACGGGCUUUUGGGCGACGAUACCGACGGUGAAGGGGGAAGAUUUCAAGAAGAUUCUCCCAUACUUGGUCCCUCGAGACAUCCCCAACGCUGCUUCACUUCUCGGUGCUCACUGCGAAGGGCCCUAUCUCCACCCUUCAAAAAAGGGUGCCCACAAUGAAUUCCUCUUCCAAGCCUGCAACACCUCUCCUUCCGACAUUUACGCCUCUUCAAACAUCUCUUCCUCCAUCAAACUCGUAACUCUCGCACCAGAGCUCCCCUAUUCUUCCCCUCUCAUUAAGUCCUUCGUCUCCCAGAACAUCAAAGUGUCCAUGGGCCACUCCAACGCAACCCUCAACGAAGGCCUCUCAGGCCUCACAGCAGGCGCAACUUGUCUAACCCACACUCUAAACGCCAUGUCACCCAUCACAUCGCGAGCCCCUGGUCUAGCAGGUCUAAUCUCGCUACCACCAUCCCACAAACCACCGCCACCCUACUUCACACUUAUCCCAGAUGGCCAACACCUACACCCCAAUACAGUCUCGCUGCUCUACAAUACCAACCCACAACGCUCCAUUCUAAUAACCGAUAGCAUCGAGCUCGCCUCUCUGCCCGACGGUACGUACCCAGGACAUUCGCAGAUCCCAUUCCAACAAACGAAAAAGGGGACAAGAGCAACGAUUGCAGACACGGAUACGCUAGUUGGCGGAUGUAUUAGUCUACAACAUGGGAUGCGGAACUUGAUGAAGUGGACUGGCUGCGGGAUUGCGGAGGCAGUGAGCACGGUCACGGAGAAUGUGGCUGGGUUUAUGGGAAUUGAUGGGGAGGGAGGAAGGGGGGUUCUGAAGGAGGGACGGAGGGCGGAUUUGUGCGUUUUGAACGAGAGUGGAGAAGUGUUACAGACGUGGGUUGCUGGUGUGAAGGUUUGGGAUAGAGAUGAGGAGGUUGCAAAGAUGGAGAAUGAUGGGGAGUCGAGGGGUUGGUAA